GUCGGUGGCGCUAAUUACCGUGCAAAGUUAAAUGGCGAAGAUGAUUUUUGUACAGACAAUGCGUCGUAAAUGGACGAAAUUACAUGCGACGCGCCAUUAAAGAGGAAACGGAUAGAAAAGCGUGACCACAGCCAAGAAGACUAAAUCGUCUCUCGGGGUACAUAAAGAAAUCGACGUAGGGAUUGGCUUGUCUGACGAUUGGUCUCUUGAUCGAAUCGAGAUACGAUGGCUGCUCUCAGUCUUGCUCUUCCCUUCUCGGCUGUCCUUUACCUGUUACCAUCUGUGCCGAACUUAUCUUCCAAUCUUGGAAAAGUAGCGACAACUGUGAACGAGCAGGCGAAUGAUAUCGGUAUCAUUGACGUGCCAAAAGAAAUUCGCAAAAAUAACGGAAGAAUCGAACUUGAACGAAGCUAUGUGAAUGGUGGCUCUUUAUAUCCGUUGGGAAUAAUAAAACCCAUAAUAGGUUCCUUGAACGACGCGACCAGACUCAAUGUGGGUUUUCAGGCUAAAGUAGAAUCGAAAAAACAUUCCGAUCAUGCAGGCAUCUCGACGAAUAUCGAGCUCGCGAAACAAUCGCAAUGGUCGCACGACGAUUUGCCAUUGAACGAGCAUAAGAAACUUUCGACGGAAGAGGAGCGAAUUAAAAGCCUAACGAGAGCUUUUAAAAACGGAAAGGACGCGAAUAUUCUUCACCUCUAUGUCCCGGAUAUUACAGAUGCGUUAGCAACGGAAAAGUCCGCCAAGGCGAAUACGCAGCUCGGAUCGGACGUCGUGUCGAAAGACACGGAUGAAAAAAAUAAUGCCGAUAAUCGCGUUAAAAAAAAGAACAAUUAUAUCCGACUCUGUAGAUCAAUUGACGAAUCGACGGCGAGUCUGAUUCAGAAAUUACGCGGUAAGGAUUGCGUGAAACUUCCGAAAAGCGAAUUUUAUCUCGAGCAAGAUACAAAGGAUACGAAUCGGAAGGAAAGCACCAUUAGAAUGACAGGAUUAAAAAUCGGGACAAAGAUUAACAAUGAAAAGGAUCAUAAAGACUCCACAAGUGAAAGUGACGAGUAUAAACAGGAAAACGGAACGACAGAAAGUUCGAUCGCGGAAGCUUCUAUUGCAGACGAUUCGAUCAAUUACGAAGAACUGAUUCCAAAAAUUAAUAAACUUGGAAUGGGUCUGAACAUCAAGAAACCGAUGAUCGAUAGGAAAAUCGGUAAACUCGCGCUAUCUACUACUAUCUACUAAAAAUGUGAGAAAAUUGUAAUUAACA